AUGACGAAUAGAGUUUUGUGCAAGUACUUCGUUAAUGGAGCAUGCAGUAGAGGGGACAGUUGUCCCUUUUCCCACAAUUGGAAAGACAAACCUAACAUGGUGCGGCCUCUGCGUGUGUGUUCUACCAGCGUGGCGUCUGCUCCUACGGCGAUCGCUGCCGCUACGACCAUGUCAAGCCCAAACCCUCCUCCGCUACCGCCGUUCCUGCUCCACCACCCGCCACUGUCCCACCCACACAACCGAGUUUUGCACCCAGUCUCCCCUCUGUUUCCCCCGCCCGCGCUGCUGGUGCGUCCGCACUUCCCUCUGCUUCCCCCUCACGUCCCACUGCUGCCCCGCUUGCUGCCGCCACUACCACUAGCAGCAGCAGCAGCAGCAGCAGCAGCAGCAGCAGCAGCAGCAGCAGCAGCAGCAGCAGCAGCAGCAGCAGCAGCGCCAGCAGAGGUGUCAGCAGCAGCAGUGGGAGCACUCUACGCCCACCCCUCUUCCGCUGCAGCCGCCAUGCCCCAAUACGACCCUGCUCUCUCCCCCGAGGCAAUAUUCGAGCGAGAUGCGUCGGGGAGCUCAUUGGACGGUCCAGAUUGGCUGCCGCGAUCUGCGAGCGAUCUGUUCGACGAGGGGCUUCCUGUGAUGCGCAUGAGUAGCGGUGGAGGGAGUGGGGUGAACCAGAGAGGAAAUGCAGCUGUAUUGGGGUUUGUAGAGAGAGAACAAGGGGGAAUAACAGGGCCCGAGGGUGGGGGAAUGCGCAUGGGUGGGACAGAUCAAGUGGGGGGAGAGCUGGGUUCUGUGUUGCAAGGGCCGCAGCAGAGUGUGUGGGUGGAGAAGGACUCGUUAGUGAGUGAUUCGCUAGUGAGUGACCCGUUUGGGGAGGAGGAGCUGGGGUUUGAGUGUGAGGUCGAGGAGGAGGAGCCGCAGCAGCAGGGCGUGUGGGCAGCGGAGGGGGGAGCGGGGUUUGCGAGUGAGGAGGAGUUUGAGGACUUUGUGAGAGAGGCGAGUGACUUCUCUGCUCAGGCAGCUGCUCUGAGAAUAGGGCUUAUCGCUCUCAUGGAUGAGGAGAGUCCUGGCAAGCCUUCUGCUGCUGGGCGGUUCCCUGUUGAUUACUCUGCUGGUUACGACGAUCCUGGUGGUUAUGCUGCUGCCUAUGCUGGUUACAGUGGCUAUCGCGGGAAUGGUGGGUAUGGUGGUUACAGUGCAAACGCUGCCGAUGCUGCUAAUGGUGGUAGUGUCCCUGCGUUGUCAGGCAACAACAGCAGUGGUGGUGGCAGCAACAGCAGCGGGUACAGUGCCUCUUUGGCUGACAGGCUUGACAAACCUGACAUGCCGCUCUGCACGCUGCCUCGAGUGGAGGCUGCUUCAGGCGCCUGCUGUGCCCGCGGCCCCUCCUGCCCCUUCCCCCACGGGGACCUCUGCCCCCACUGCGGCCGCUACUGCCUGCACCCUGCUCGACCCACGGUGAGUGUCUUUCUGUGCCGUUGUGCCCAACCUCCCCCUGUUCUCCUGCCCGCACUGCAUUGCAUUUCGUGCGAAUCUCUCCCUCCCCUCCCUCCCCUCCCUUCCCCCACCCACCCCCUUACCCUCCCCCCACGGGGACCUCUGCGCCCACUGCGCCGCUACAGCCUGCACCCUGCUCGUCCCACAGUAAGCGACUUUCUGUGUCAACCUGCUGACAUGCCACUCUUGCCUCUCGUCUUUCUUUUCAUCGUCCCCACUCCCAUCCCUCGCCCCGCCUCUUUCCUAACGGCCUGCCUUCCUGCCCGCUCCAGCACACCACAGGAGCGGGAGGAGCAUAUGACUGAUCCCAUUGUCCACUCCUCCCAACAACCCAUCCACCCACCCACCCGCACACUACAGGAGCGGGAGGAGCAUGUGAAAGAGUGCAUGCGGCUGCAGAGAAAAGUGCAAGCCUUAAAGCUGAGCUCAGAGAUUGAGUGCAGCGUGUGCCUGGAGCGCGUGCUGGGGAAGGCCCGGCCUGCCGAUCGCAAGUUUGGCAUUCUCUCCCACUGCGACCACCCGUUCUGUGUUGCGUGCAUCCGCAACUGGCGGGCUGCUGGGCAGGAGAGUGGCGAGUCCGUCCCGUUAGACCUGGACAACGCAGUGAGGGCAUGCCCCGUGUGCCGCGUGCGAUCGCACUUUGUCACGCCCAGUGUGGUGUGGUUUUUCAGCGACGAGGAGAAGCAGGCUAUUAUCGAGGGAUACAAGCGGAAGCUCAAGAGCACUGACUGUCGCUACUUCAAGUACGGCAACGGCCAGUGCCCCUUCGGCACCAGCUGUUUCUACAAGCCCGACCACCAUGCACUCCCAGCCCGCAUAUCAGGACGGGCGGCCGGAGGAGGAGAAAUUGCUGAUGAAGCGCCUGAAAAGUACCUAUUUUUCCCUCCUCCACCCCCCAAACCUCUCCCUCCCUCCCACCACCUCGCACUUGCAGCACGCAUAUCGGGACGGGCGGUUGGAGGAGGUGAAAUUGCGGCACCUGUCUUCUGCUGA